AUGGCAGCGUGGCUCAACUAUUUCCAGAUCGUCAACCCCACUCUUACUUUCGCCAACAUUCUACAUCUGCCGUCCUUCAUCAAGCAAUGUAUGAGAUGCAUUUUCAACGCAGCGGAUAUCGAUCGGCAGAGUGAUAGUAUGCACGCGACUGCUUGUGAGGAGAUCGUCAUGUAUCACGAAUCGAUCGACACGCUAGAAGGGCUCCACGGCGAAGAUUUCCGCCCGCUGCGACGUGACUUUCUUGACCAAGAAACCUUGAAGAAGCUGAAAAAGUUGAACGAUAUACUUGAGUCGAAGAACGGAGGGUCAAAAUCGCUGAAGGUCAAAGUUUUGCUCCUCCAGGAUCUACUCAACAAUUUCCAGUAUCUUCUCGGGGUCAAGCAGCUGCAGCUGCCCGAGGAGUACCUUGCCCACCCAAAGCUAGCCUCCGAAGAGCUUCGUUCUGGGGUGAGGUGGCAACAGUCCCCAAAUAGUGGAACUGCAGCGCACGGAGACAUCGAAUCUUUGCAGUCAAACAACAAUUUGAAGCCCUCAUCGCCAACGUUUUGGACUCGCCUAUGGUUCUGUCUUGCGAAGGAUACAAUCUCCGAAGCACUUUUGCUCAUCAACAAGCGUACUAUGGACCUGAGUGAAGAUUCAAAGGGGAUUGAGGAGGUAUUGGGAAAGAAGCCGACACCACCACCGACAAAUCCGCAAGGCGCAACCUCGCCUUCUAUAGGGGAUAGUAGCACAAGCACCCCGGGCUUGGACGGCGGGUUUGAGAUGCGGAAUUUUGGAUAA